GUAGGUGUAAGUUAAAUUAUUAUGUCAGGUUAUGACAAACCAUAAUCAAUGAAAAAAAUCUAAAUAAAAUCGUUUUAAAUUCAUAAUGAAUUUUACGUCUCAUACAGAUACAACUUUUUCGCAUCCAAAUCCACAUGCUAAUCAUCCAAAUCCAGGAGGACAAAAAACUAAUAAACACAGAACAAAACAGAAAUUGGAAAAUAUAGGGAAAUUUAUUUAUAACAAGAAAGAACAUACAGUUUGUUUAAGAACGUUUCAAAAUUGGGUUAUUUUAAUAACUUAUUACCUGAUAUUUUUGAGUAUUCUUAUGGUUCUUUUUGCUGGUUUAUUGUCUGUGAUCCUUCAGACUUUAAUGAAAAAUAAAUCGGAACCAUUGUUUCCUAAAACCGAUCUUAUGGGCGAUUUAAGUCCAGCACUCACCAUAUACCCUCGAAUACCUACAGAUUCAGGCCUUUUAAUUUAUUAUACACGAAAAGCGGAUUCCCAGAAAAAUAUUAUCCAUACUGAAAAAUAUACAGAAUUGAUUCAUAACUUUCUAAAACCUUAUGAUAAACAUGAAUCUAAAAUACACGUUAAUUGCGAAAAACACCCGAUUAAAGAAGGACAAUAUUGUUUAUUUAACAAAUCUGAUUUAGGACCUUGUGGAAAUUCUAGUAGUGAUUAUGGUUUUCGCGAAUAUAAUCCUUGCGUGUACUUGAAAUUAAAUAUGAUAGAAGAUUGGAAACCGUCGAGAAAACGAAAGAAAACGUUUCAAUUUCAAGAAAGAAAUGAAAGAUUUUCUGGAACAUCUAAUGAAACCAAUCUGAGUAAUAUGAUUGGAGUUUAUUGCGAAGGUUUAACUUACUUUGAUGAGGAACAUAUGGGAAAAGUUAUUUAUUAUCCUUUCAAUGGAUUUAGAGAAUAUUUUUUUCCUUAUGAUGGAUCAGAUGAUUAUCUUCGACCAAUUAUUGGUGUACAAUUCAAAAAUAUAACACGAGGAUUGUUGAUUGGGAUUAAAUGCAAAAUUAUCGACAUUGAAAAUAUGAAGGAUCCAAUUCAACAUUCAGUGAUUUUUUAUAUUUAUUUAAACCAUGAAAACGCAGAAUAAAUAUAGAUAACAUUUAA